AUGUCAUCACUCAAGCGUAAGGCAGGCAACUUCCCAGCCUCAGACGCCAAAAAGCCAAAGCAGAAUGCCAGCAUAACCUCCUUCUUUGGCGCACCUAAGGUGACUGCCGCCGCUGGCAACAAGUCUGGUGCCGAUGGCGCUGCUGCGGCACCUGAGCCACCGACUGUCAAGUUCGACAAGGCCAAAUGGGCGGCUGGCCUGACAGACGAGCAGAGAAAACUGCUCAAGCUGGAAAUUGACACGUUGGACGAGAGCUGGCUGGCACAUCUGAAGGGUGAAAUCACGUCGAAGGAGUUCCUGGACCUCAAGAGAUUCCUGGAGCGAGAGGAUGCAUCCAACAAGAAAGUCUUCCCGCCCAAAGAAGAUGUUUACUCUUGGUCCCGUCACACGCCUCUCCACAGCGUCAAGGUCGUCAUCCUCGGCCAGGACCCGUACCACAACCAUAACCAGGCCCACGGGCUCGCCUUCUCGGUGCGGCCGCCGACGCCAGCCCCGCCCUCUCUCAAGAACAUGUACAUCUGCCUCAAGAACGACUACCCGAGCUUCGUGCCGCCAGCCAACAAGGGCGGGCUGCUGACGCCGUGGGCGGACCGCGGCGUGCUGCUGCUCAACACGUGCCUGACGGUGCGCGCGCACGAGGCCAACAGCCACGCCAACCGCGGCUGGGAGCGCUUCACGCAGAAGGUGAUUGACCUGGUCGCCGCGCGGCGCACCCGCGGCGUCGUCUUCAUGGCCUGGGGCACGCCCGCCGGCAAGCGCGUCCAGAAGGUCGACGGCAGGCGCCACCUCGUGCUCAAGGCCGUGCACCCGAGCCCGCUGAGCGCGGCGCGCGGCUUCUUCGACUGCGGCCACUUCCGCAAGGCCAACGAGUGGCUCGUCUCGCGCUACGGCGAGGGCGCCGACAUCGACUGGAGCCUGGGCCCGCAUGCCACGCCGACGACGGACGGCGCCGAGGCCAAGGCGAACGCGAUGGCGCCGCCGCCGCUGCCGGUGACGACGGACAAGGGCGAGGCGAAGCCCAUGCUGCCUGUUGUUGCGGAGAAGGGGGAGAGCGAGAAGGAGAAUGAGAAGGCGGCGGUCGAGGCUGAGGAUUGA